AUGCUGAGGUUCACAGCUGUUCCCCCGCGGGUUCCGGCGUUGAUGGGCCGCGUGAGACUGGCAUUAAAGAGUGAUUUAGCCGCUGAACAGACUGUUGCAGAAGCCCUGGACCAGACUACUACCUCGACGUUACGCCCCAGACCGGCGAAAUCUAACAACCAAGGACAAGCAUCCACGCCGAUCCGAGAGGCUCUGGAGCCCUAUAAAGAUUUGAAACGGCAAUCGAAAGUGAACGGAUGUCUUGAGCUUGUAGACGUGCGAGAGAUCAUGUCGAUUUAUCGAAAGUUCCGUGAAAGCAGCGAAGAGCCUAUUCCCGCUAGUGACGUUGUGCACGCUAUUCUUAGCACGUUACGUUUGCGCAUGGUUGUUUUGCGGCCUUUGAUUUCAACAAAACGCCACAAUGUCGUCAAUGAACAAAAUCCCGAGCUCAAGGGCUACCUCGAGGAGAUUGUGGAGGAUAUUCUCGCCGGCAAAGCAUAUUUGUCUACUUUCGCUUUGACAUAUUUAUUGACUGCUUUUGGUACUCUUAACUGUCACGCCGAAGCCACCAAAGUUUGGCGCCAACUCUCCGAGCAGGAUCAGCUCCCUGCCGGACUGUCUAGUCGCGUCAAAGAUCCCAAGGUCGUGGGCUCGUUUAUCCGCUUUGCUGACCCGCAGUCGGUUUCUUUGGACGAAAUUGAAUUAACAUAUGAAGACACUGUGCGCAGCCGUGGACACCAUGUGCUUUUGGAUGACGCCCUGGCAACCAGCUAUCUGCGCUAUGGAGAAAGCGUCAAAGCUGCAGAGCUGUAUGCUCAUAUGUGCCGCAAUUAUCCUGUGAAGAAAUGGGAGGAGACGUUUUCGCGUUUGCACAACCGUAUUCUCACUGAGUCACAAGAUGCAGAACUUUCGGCUGCCUUUUUCGAGUCGGCGGUUUCCGACGAAUCUCGUAUCAGACUGCAUCCUUCCUCGGUGUCGAAAUAUCUUGAACAGGUCGCUACUGCCACAUCUGACCCCAUGCAGAUUGUCAACAUUUAUCGCCAGGCCGUCGAAAGAUUCUCGACCAAGGCCAACCAUGUUGCCCCCGUUCAAUUCCAAAUCCUCACAUCCACAGCCGUGCGCUUUCUCUUGGAUAUGUACAAGACCGACAGUGCAGAGGCAAGAGAAACUUUGGGCAAAUUACUGCCCCUGGACAGUAGUCCUGUUGUAGCCCUGAACACCUUGUUGAGUUUCAUGUCAAAACGCUGGCCCACAUCAACGUAUAUUGAAGAUCUCAUGGCUGCGAUUUCUCGCCAGGGACCUUUGCGGGUAGACUCGAUUCGCGUAUUCCUCAAUGCAUCCCAGCACUUGGCCUCCACCCCGUUGGCCGCUAUCGAAGAUUUAUGGACCCAACGUAAAGCUCACAUUGAGCACAUCGACAAAUUCGAUCUGCUGGCUCUAGCUCAGGCCUGCAAUCAGCCUGAUCGUGCAGAGUUUUUCAAAAAAGAACUAUCAGCCGCCCGCGAUGCUGGUGCGUCUCAGGAAACUCUGAAAUUUGUUGAAUCUCGCAUUGGUAGAUGCGAACAUGUCGCCGCUGUCAUGUCGACGUAA